CUCUAUGCAAAAAAAGGAAAGAAGGAAGAAAAAAAAGUAUGCCUUGUCCUCUAUAUAUUAAAUCCUUCACUUCUCACUCUUCUCUCCAGUAUAUAAACUCAUUGCCAUAUUGCAUUCUCAUCACUCAAUCCAUCAAGUUGUAGCCUAUCUCCCCCUUUCUCUCACACACUUACAUAUAAACAUAUAUACCUUUUGCUUGUUUGCUAGACGUUACCUCUAAAAUGGAGAGGAGUCAGUUGCUCAGACAGGUUGCCCACCAGAGACAGACUCUCUUUGAUGAGGGACUCCUAGACGAACAAUUUGCCCAAUUGGAGGAGUUGCAAGAUCGUACUAAUCCAAAUUUUGUCGAGGAAAUUGUCACAACUUACUACCAGGAUACAUCUAGACUAAUCCUCAACAUAGAGCAGGAAUUGGAGAGGAGGCCACUUGAUUAUGGUAGGCUGGAUGGCUAUAUGUAUCAAUUCAAGGGAAGUAGCACAAGCUUUGGAGCCAAAAAGGUUAAAGCUGAGUGCUCAUUGUUCAGGGAAUAUUGCAGAGCAGGAAAUGGAGAAGGAUGCAUGAGAACUUUCCAACAACUGAAGAGAGAAUAUGCCACACUAAAAAGGAAACUUGAAGCUUACUUUCAGCUAGCAAGACAAGCUAGGCUCACCCAGACAGCAUCUCGACCCGGGUAAGGAAUUGAUCAAAAAGAAAGUCAGGGACAGAUCCUAGCUACUUGUGUUAAAGUGAGAUUGGGGAACUUUGUACUUUGUCUGUGUACGAAUUCACCCUAGGAAUGUUUUGGUUUCUCAGUAACCUAUGUUUUUUUUUUCUUUGGUAGAAUAGUAACCUAUGUUUUUAUAUAUGUAUCUUAGCUCAUAAAUAA